AUGGGUAAUUAUUCAGACUACCAAGGUCCCGUGGCAGAAUGGGAGGACUUUAUCAAAUCGACAGGCGAAGUGCCGGCACCACCACUACACCUCCCUAUCUUGGAGAUGCGGUCACUGACCAACGCCGGUCGAACGGUGGCGGCACAAGAACAAGUCAAGGCGUUAGGUCUGAAAGAAAAAGUGGCAUGGCAAGACUACUCGAUUCUCACCAGGGAUUCUCAAAAUAUAACCGCCAGAGUGUAUAAACCGAAAGUGCUCGCAACAAAUGCCAGUUCGAGUGCAACUUCAGGUACAGGUCUACCGAUAUACUUGUACUUCCACGGUGGUGGACACCUCCUGGGGAAUGUCGACUCGGAAGAUGGUACUUGCUCACGUUUGGUGGGCGAUUCUUCUUUCCCCCUGGUCGUCGUCAAUGUCAACUAUCGACACACUCCAGAGUUCCCCUGGCCCACUCAAUUCAACGACGCGUGGGAUUCUUUGGUAUGGUUGUCGACUCACGCGACCGACUUCGGUGGUGACCCUUCGAAGGUGGUGGUCGGCGGUGUGUCUGCCGGUGGAGGUCUUGCGGCGUCGAUUGCCGUACAUCAUCAUCGACAACGACUCCUGCAGUCAGGCCAAGCGGCGGCACCAGCGGUGACGAUCCUGGGUCAAGUACUGGCCAGUCCUUGGUUGUUGCACCCUUCAGCAAACCCUUUGGCGAGAGAGGCCCUCAGUAGUUUCAACCAAAACCAAAACGCUCCCGUGUUGCCAUGGUCCAUCUUGAAAGUUUUUGCCGACCUUCUCGGACCCGAAGCCGUGUCGGACCCAAGCUUCAACGUCGCAUUGACCGACGACACCGUCAUCCAAGGUUUACCAAAGACGAGUUGUCUUGUUGCCGGGCAGGAUCUGUUGAGAGACGAGGGACUUUAUUAUGCAGAAAAAUUAAAGAAGAACGAGUAA